AUGCAUGAUUAUUUUGUAAAAAAUAAAUUUAAUUUAUUAAACAGUAGUUUGUUUAAUAAUAUUUAUAGAAGAGAAUCUAAAUAUUUUAAAGAGGACGAUAAAAAUGAUAGAAAAAAAAUUAAUUUUGAUAAAGAAGUAAACGAAAAAAUGAAUAAAAAUGAAGAAAUUGAAAGGAUGAAAAAGGAUUUUCAUGAGCAACUAAUUUAUUCUUAUUACAACAAUUUUAAUGAAAAAGAUGUAGAAGGCACAAAAGGUAAAAAUAAUGAUAUGAAGAAUAUAUAUGAUUAUAAUAAUAAAAAUAAGAAAAGUAUAUUAAAUUAUAAAGGUAUCAAUCAAGAAAGUGAAGAAAUAUGUUUAAAAAAUAAAGAAGCAAAAGAAGAUAUUCUUUAUAAUGAAUUCAAAAAAUUAAAAAACGAUGUUUUAGUUUUGCAAAUGAUGAAUGUAAAUCUACAAAAACAAUUAUUAUCUAAUCAUUUAAUGAAUUCAUCAAAAGUUAUACCUCAGAAUAUUAUUAUUAAUAAUAAAACAGAAGUUGCUUCUAAUGCUAUUAGUCAAAUUCAAGAUAAUAAAAAAAGAAAAGGCUUUCUUUAUCUUUUAUUUAAAAAAAUUUUAAGUAGUCGUUUUAAUCAAAUGCUUUUUGUGUCAUCAAUUUUUAUUUCUUUUUUUUUAAUUAAUAAACAUUGGCAGAGAGCAUUAAAAGUUUCUCAACUAGAAAAAAGAAUAAAUUCAAAUAUUCUCUUGAGGAGUGUUAGACUAUUUGAAGAAACCUUAGGAAUAAGGAAAUUAAACUACAUAUAA